AUGAGGGGUAUCCGACCGCGCCAACCAAUCCACCUCCCCGCGCUUCACCUCCGGCCCCAGCCGCCACUAUUCCCGAGAACCCGCCCGAUGAGCUCCCAGCGAGAAGACUCCAUCCCCCAUGAGCUGCGGACAGCAGCCGAACCCCGGCAAAACAGAUUGUACCCAGUACAUCUCGCCCAUGUGGAGCAGGUGAACCGAUCAAUUCGGCUCCUGCAAUUCACCAUUCCGAGCCCCGAGAAUGGCGAUCAACGACAACCAUUCUCUUUCAUGCCGGGUCAGUGGCUAGAUGUGCAUAUCCCAUCUAUAUCCAACGCUGGCGGGUUCACUAUCACUUCUACACCGGCAGAUGCCCAGGCGCUACCAUCACUAGAUGAUCCAGACGCUUCAGUUGCCAGAGAAAACGUAGCUGCAUCACUAACCUCGCAGGGCCGAGCCCCAUAUGUGGAGCUAGCGGUCCAAGACUCACCAUCCAACCCAGCGGCUGCGUGGCUAUGGAAGCCCAAAAAUGAGAUCAUUGGCAAGGAAGUAAAUAUCCGGGUAGGGGGGAGCUUUGUCUGGCCACCGACUGGAAUAGAUGUCCAUGCGGUCAAAAAUGUGGUUUUAAUUGCUGGUGGCGUGGGGAUCAACCCCUUGAUCUCAAUAUUAUCUCAUAUGAACCAAACCAAGCCGAGAAGCAAACUCGACGUUCAUAUAUUGUACUCGAGCCGACUGCCUCAAGGACAAGAAACAGAGAAACCCGAGUCUGUCUUUGAGCAGAUUCUGUUUCUUCCGCGAGUGCGACACAUCAUUUCUUCUCAUGGCCCAUCAUGUCAACUUAAUAUUAGCCUGGACCUGUUUCUUACUUCGGCAUCAGCGACCCAACUUUCAUUGAAAUCUCCUGCAGAUCUGAACAUCCACUCGAGACGGAUAAGCGAUCACGAUUUAUAUUCCGCGCUUGUGAGCGGGAGUGACAAAGUGAUUCAAAAAGAAACUGUGGCUUAUGUUUGUGGACCCCCAGUUAUGACUGAUGAACUGGUAGAGAAGCUCCAAGGGUUCCUAGAGGAGGAUGGAACCCAAAGAGUGUUUUUUGAGAAAUGGUGGUGA